GGGAAACUGAAAUUUCCUCUCUAUAAAAUAGGAUUGAAGGCUUGGGACUUCUAUGCGCUUCCCCAAUCCUCCGAUCACGCCAUCAAGCUCGUCGACUCGCCAACUCCUUCCCCUUUUCCCCUGAUGUCGCAGACUGUUGUUCUUAAGGUUGGUAUGUCGUGUGAAGGCUGUGUUGGAGCGGUUAAGAGGGUUCUCACCAAAAUGGAAGGUGUUGAAUCCUUUGAUGUUGAUCUGAAGGAGCAGAAAGUGACUGUCAAAGGCAAUGUAAACCCUGAAGCUGUUCUUCAGACUGUUUCAAAGACUGGCAAAAGGACUUCAUUCUGGGAGGAAGGUGCUCCAACUGAUGCCUCAGCUUCUGCUACGACUGCAUGAUUACCAUCCUUGCCUUCUCUGUAUACUCUUUUCAGCUUCAUUUGUGUCGUAUGGAUCUGUUGAUGACAAUAUUGCUGCGCUUGUUAUGCAUGAUAAAUCCAUCGUUUAGUACAGCAGCCUAGUUGAAACCUA